CCCAUCUUUUCUAGCAAAAAACCGCACCUUUUUGCUUGGUGCAAGGGCAACGGCUGCGAGAAAAAUUAUCUUGUUGCUUGCGAUUUCUCGUCUCAAUUUGGAGCUAAAUUUUGUCUUCUUUUGGGCAAAUGCUCCGUUUUUUGUAGAUCUGAUUGUAAAAUUUGCCAUAACUGCGUCUGCGCCUGUAUUUUUCUUUCCCUUUUCUCUGUGCCUUGUCAAAUUCUGAGCUAAUUUAUUUGUUACUUGCAAGAGCGAAAUCGGGCAAUUCUGGGAUCACCUGCUCAUAAUUCAUGCAGAUUUUGUUCUUCCAGGACAGGCGAUUGGACCUCGUGGUGGCGAAUUACUGAAUUCCUCCCCUCUGUGUGCGGCUCUGCGCUAUUUGGGACCCAAACUAUCGGGUCGUCACAUAUGAGGAACUGGAGGAUCGGGGAAAGCUCCAACGUUUGGGUGAAUUUGGUCGCUGUCCCGACCAACCUCGCCAUCGCGGCUCUGGAAUUCGCGGUGUGGGGCUCCGUCUGGUGCUUCUUGGCCAUAUUCUCCAUCAAUUUCUGAGCCAAACCUUGUGCUAUUCCGAGCACCCAAUCUGUGGGGUCGUCGGAGCAGUAGGCCACUGGUGCCGGAGUAGUUGCGGCAAAAGGAGCAAGGCCACCUUCUCUGAGUUGGGAUUAGGUGCACUUCUGAGCUCAAAAGGGCUCGUUUGGUGGGAACUUUUGGUUGCUUGCUGUGCCUGGGUUCUUGGUGAGCCAGCCUGAUGGGCAUUGCUAGAAUUGGGAUGGAAAGACAAUCUGAUUGAAUUGGGCUGAGAAGAAUUUUUGUUCGAUUGGUUGACCAUGGAGGAGAGGUUAUUGGAGGCAGGAGGUGGGUUUGCCGGCAAUUUGAAGGGUGAGGAUGACUUCAGGAGCUGCUGUGGAGAUGAGGAAGAUUGGGAGGAUACUGAGGAAUCCUUCACUGCCGGUGUCACAAAGGGGGAGCUUGAUGAGACCUCGGUGCGGCUGUUCUUCAAGGGUGUGUCGAGCUCGGAGGCAGAGGGGAAGAAAUUGUCUGGGAUUGGGGUGGUCAUGGAGAGGUCACCCGGAGUGCCUGUUCUUAAAGUGCAGAAGAAGCUGGAUUUCUAUGUGGAAGAUCUAGUGGCUGAGCACUUAGCACUGAUGGAUGGGUUGUUGGUUGCGCUGCAGAAUGGAAUACGGAAGAUCUUCGCCUUCACUAAUUCAGAGAAGCUGUACUUUCAGAUAGCAGAAGCUGAAAUUCUUGAAGAUCAGCUUUUGGUAGCUUUAGGGCACAGGAUUCUUGAACUGGUUGAUAAGUUGGAAGAUUUCGAUUUAAUAUUGCUUCCUAGCUUUGAACUUGAGAGGCCUUUGCAGCUGGCCAAAGAAGCGAUAGGCAUUAGAUAUCUAUCUCCUUAUGAGGUUGGCACCUGCCCGAUUUGCUGCGAGGAAAAACUAGGUUCUCAGAUGAUCAAGGUGGGUUGUUCACACGCGUUCUGCUAUGGCUGCCUGACUGCAUAUGUUGAAGAAAAGCUGCAAGCCUCAAAGUUGCCCAUAAGGUGCCCACAAUUGAGGUGUAAAUAUAUUAUUUCAGCUAGUGAGUGUAAGUCAUUCCUUCCAGUUAGCAGUUAUGAUUCCCUGAAGAGAGCAUUUGCAGAAGCUGACAAUUCAGACAUGGAAAGAUUUUAUUGCCCCUUUCCAGAUUGUUCUGUAUUAUUAGACCUUAGUCAGCACUUUUCUAGGGCAAGUUCAUCAAGUCAGUCAGAUCUCAGUUGUGUUGAGUGCCCAGAAUGCCAUAGAGAUAUCUGUAUCAGCUGUGGAGUGCCAUGGCACAUCAUGAUGGGCUGUGAUGAGUACCAGAGCUUGCCUGUCGAGGAAAGAGAUGCUGGAGACGUAUCUUUGCAUCGGCUUGCACAAAACAAUAGAUGGAGGCGCUGUCAGAGAUGUCCACGAAUGAUUGAACUCACACAAGGCUGCUUCCAUAUGACUUGCUGGUGUGGACAUGAGUUCUGCUACUCCUGUGGUGCUGACUAUGCUAAUGGCAUCCAGACAUGCCAAUGCGUGUUCUGGGAUGAAGACAGUAUUGAGCCCUCCUCUGCGGCGCAAUCCAGCCAAGCAACAUCUGAGAUAUGGGCAUGGGACACAUUCGAUUGCAUGCCAACUGCCGUUGAAGGGUACUCGGAGCAGGAGAGAGCGCAACUGGCACUCAUUCAGAGGUUCCUCGCUGGGGGUUUUAGCCUGGGAGACAACCCCUGCCAGUCGCCACCCCGCUGUGCUGACUCGUACAUGGUUGACACCAUGAAGGACCUCCACCAGCUGCCGUGGCUUGAGCGAUUUGUCUCGGUGAUCAGUGACAGUUACGACGAUGACUACAUCCAGUGAAAGAACAGUUAUAGAUAGCACUAAAGAAUGGCACAUACUGAGUUUCAUUCGGAAUAAUAUGUUUCUAUGCCCCUGUUGAUAAUUGACACGGGGAAAGUUAUAUGGUUCCAUACACUGGUGGUGUUUUCCCCUUAUAUUGGUUCUGGUGCAUCAGCAAAAUAGUUUUUCUCUACUGAUCAGUCUCCACCUCUAGAUUCUGAUAUGUUUUUAAAGUGAGCCACAUGUAUUUGGGAGGUUUCUGAAAUUACCUGUGUCGAGUUGAAUCAGCUACAUUACCAAAUGCCUAGCUGAUGCCUGUGGUACUUCUCCAUAAAUCGCAUUGUUUACUUUCUGUUGAGGAAAUGUUUUAUGUUGGUGAACAGCAUAUAAAAGAAGGUGACAACCAAGAUAUGGUUCUGAUGCUCCCUGUACGCAUA